GUUGGCCGCACCGGAAGCGGGAAGAGCUCGUUGACCCUCGCGCUUCUGCGAUGCAUCUUGACAGAGGGUAAGGUCUACUACGACGGUAUACCCACGGACUCGGUCAACCUCGAUGCUCUCCGCUCUAGCAUCACCAUCAUCCCACAGACGCCCGAGCUUCUCAGCGGGACCCUUCGGCAGAACCUGGAUCCCUUUGAGCAGCACGAUGAUGCGGUGCUCAACGACGCCUUGCGUGCAGCCGGCCUCUUC